AUCAAGUACGGCUCUCAACCGAUUCAUCGAGGUACACGACCGAACACCAUGUACAAAGGAAGACAAGGAAAUCUUGAGGUUGAAAAACACUCAGGUCUGAAAUAUCCUCACCGGCUCAACUUCUAUGACAAACCACCAGUAGACGAUAUCACCGUGGAGGAAUUCGAGACGUGUGCCAUAGACCGCUUGCGCGUUCUGGCAGAGAUAGAGUCCUGCUUCGCGCGCAACCGACCUUACGAUGAACUGAGGACCAUUGCCAUCAUGCAGUGCGAGAAGCACCUCCCACUCAACGCCACAAGCGCGUAUACGGUGGACAGAGAUGCGCAGAGGAGAAAAGAUCACAUCGGACACUUCGUUCUGCGUUUGGCAUUCUGUCGCUCCGAGGAGCUGCGUCGACGCUUUGUUAAGGCAGAGGCAACAUUGUUUCGUGUAAGAUAUGACACGGAUGGCGCUGCCGAAAGGAAGGCGUUCCUGAGCUCCAGAGACUUUGCAUGGUCUUUCGUGGACGACAAGGAAAAGGCCAUGUAUGCUUCUCAGCUUGAGGCAGCUACAUCCGGUAUCAGGGUCUUUGAUACAUCUACAGAUAAAGCAGAAGAUUUUUUCAAGGUUAGAUGGACUCGUGUACCAGAUCUUGUCGAAAAACGCAAAGUGUUUCUCAAGGGCGGGUGGGCCUAUGUUCCCGCCCGAGAACAGUCCAGCAUCGUGUUUCAGGAAUUCCAAAAUCACCUCGAAAAAUCUUUGGAGGUGACCGCCAAAGCACUUCCUCGACUAGACGAAGAUACGCGUCUUGAUCCUAUCCUCGCGAACCUCUCGCAAGGUUUCCUAGCUGGCGCAUCAUCCGAAUGGGCGGAUGGUUUGAAAUCCGUCGAUGGUAUCACAGCUGACAUGGUCGAAGACCUCUCGCGGAAACAUUUCCCGAUGUGCAUGCGGAAUCUUCAGGAUAAUCUCAAGCAGAAGCGCCAUCUCAAACACUUCGGUAGGCUACAGUAUGGCCUUUUUUUGAAGGCUCUUGGCCUGUCGGUGGAUGAAGCGCUCUUAUUUUGGCGCAGAGCUUUCAGUGGCUUCACAGAUGAUCAAUUCAACAAAAAUUACAAAUAUAACAUUCGGCAUUCGUAUGGAUUGGAAGGCAAGCGAGCUAAUUACCCCGCGAGGAGUUGUCAACAGAUCCUGACGAGCGAUCAGCCGGGAUCGAGCGACUCGCACGGCUGUCCAUACCGCCACUUCUCUAUCGACAAUCUGCAAACGGCCCUACUCUCAGCCUACUCUUCACAAGGUCUGACGUCGGCCGAUUUACCAGAGAUCCUCAACACGGUCAAGGGUGGCCACUAUCACGUCGCGUGCACACGUGUGUUCGAGAUCACACAUGCAAACAGGGGUGUGAAGAAGGGUGAGGGUGUCGGAGGCGGUGAGAGUAUCACACACCCGAAUCAGUACGUUACAAGGAGUAUGGAGUUGGAGAGAGCGGCGAUUGAGGCGGUCAAAGUGGAGGUAGACGGAGAUGUUGUGAUGGGUUCUUGAUUGUGCGAUACCUAUGAGCGUGUAUUUAUAGAUUGGCUAGAUACGAUUGUCCAUACCAUU